UCGAGCACCCUCGUAACGAUACAUUUUUAUUUACAUGACGUAUUGAAAGUCUAACAAAAUUCCAUUUUAAAAAUCGUCUAAAUUCAGAACUCUGCAGAAAUACUCAGUAGCUCUUUCAAAGGAAUUAUGUCCGAAAACAACACAGAGUACACCUCAGAGGAGACAACAGGCAUUCCGAUGGCUCUCAGUCUCGUGCUGAAUCACAAUGACACAGAUUCAAGAUCGGUGGCAGUAGCGCUGUCGCCGUCUACUACUUCCGUGGCUGCCAGUGGGGGAGCGAGCUCGGAGACCAGCUCAGUGCUUGAGUUGCGACAGGCUUUCUCCAGCCUCAAUGAGAGAGAUAGGCUCAGGGCAGAGAGCUCCAGGACCAGUUCGGAGACAUCGGACGAUGCGAGUUUGCCACCAUCCAGGCCGCGCAGACCGACCUUUAUGAGCCGCUCGACCUCUCUUUCGAGCCUGCAGACACUUUCGUCCUCAUCGAUAUCGCGGCAGGGUCACCUUCCAAUCGAUAGCGACGGAUAUUCGGGCUUGAGACGACACAUGUCCGAGCUGAGGCUAAGCCUCGACCGAUCUUUAAGUCAAUCCCAACGACAUCGCUUGCAGCGUCACCGCCGUCUCCAGGCCGAUCAGAUGAGUAGCACCGCCACUUCGGAGAACGAUGAGAACGAGUGGUUUGGCCGCAUACCUCAAUCGGCACCAGGACGUGUCCCCACGCGCGGCAAUAGCAUCAGCGACUGUAGUCAGUGCAGCAGCGAUACGAAAGAGAAGGACAGCCUGAAGAUGGUGACUCCAAAUCAUCAGGAACUUGACGGAUGGCUCUAUUCGCUAGAGGUUUAAAGAGGGAGGCUCUGGAGGUGCUCCCUUUAAAGUUAUCAGACCCAAAGUUUGUAUGCAAUGCUCUGCUGUAAGCUUUGAUAAUUAGUUUUCAGGUCUCAGGGAAAUAGAGUCCUGUU